GAAGCAUCUAGGGAAGGAGACAUGGAGGCCUUGUUGCUAGUGGAACUACAGCUGGCAGGCAGGAGACACUCAGCAAUGGUGAAUGAUCCUCUCAGUGGCUGCACUGCUAGGAACUUAACCUAAGAGGGAGAGAUACCAGGAGGACAUGUCCACAGAGAGAAGACCAUGUGAAGAGGUAGCAAGAGGGGGGCCAUCUGCACACCAAGGGGAGAUGCCUAGAACAGAUUCUUCCAUUAUCGCCCUCAGAAGGAAACCAAUCCUGCUGACAAACUUGACCUGGGACUUCCCAGCCUCCAGAACUGAGAAAUUUCUGCUGUUUAAGCCACCCAACAAAGUUCAAUGUGGCCACCGACCUGCCUUUUCAAACUCAUCAUUGUUACGAUUCCAUGAAUUGUUUGAAGUCCAGGAAGGUGAGUUCCCAUGGCAAGUGAGUAUCCAGAUCUCACGGAAACACCUCUGUGGAGGCUCAAUCAUACAUCAGUGGUGGGUUUUGACAGCUGCACAUUGCUUCCCAAGAACCCUGUUAGAAAUAGCAUUGGGAAAUGUUACUGUGGUCAUGGGAACCAGAAUAUUCAGCGACGUCCGCUUGGAGAGAAAGCAAGUGCAGAAGAUAAUUAUUCACAAAGAUUAUAAACCACCCCACCUUGACAGUGAUCUCUCCCUGCUCCUGCUUGCCACACCAGUAAAAUUCACUAACUUCAAAAUGCCCAUCUGCUUGCAGAAGAAGGAAAGGAUCUGGGACAGAUGUUGGAUGGCAGAGUGGGUGACAGCUUAUGAAUAUGACCAACAUGACAACUUAAACAUGUACCUGCAGAAGAUGAGAGUGCUGCAGAUUAGCUGGAGAGAAUGCAGCAAGAGGGUAGAUCAGCUCUCCAGGAACAUGGUUUGUGCUUGGAAGGAACCAGGCACCAAAGGCAAUUGCCAGGGAGACAGUGGGGCACCUAUGGUCUGUACUAUCCAUGGAACCCAGAGGCUCUUCCAAGUGGGUGUCUUCAGUUGGGGCAUAAGAUCUGGCUUCAGGGGGAGGCCUGGUAUGUUUGUGUCUGUGGCUCAAUUUAUUCCAUGGAUCCAGGAAGAGACAGAAAAGGAGAGAAAAGCCUACACCAUCUCAGGAGCCUGGAGAAGCUCCCUGCCUCAUGUUCCACAGUAUCCCUUACUGUUGGGUUUGGGUUCUCAAAUGUUGCUUGUGACCAUAUUUACUGGUGAUAAAUCAAAUCACUAAGCUUUAGACCCACCCUCACUUCUCCUCCUCCUUUCUUCCCUCCCAUCUUUACAUAAGCAUCAAUGGAGCAUAGACUAUGAGUUAGCUUCUAUGCUAGACCCUGGAAGUUAGACAUUCAGCUCUCCCAAAUAUCACAAAUCUAAUGAAUAAAGACAAAAUACAACACUAAAAAGAGGUCUUUCAUCACCCCAACAUUUUGUGUUGUUAAGUAACUUCUUUUACUUCUCUUAUGGAACACAAUAUAACCUAGCUAAUGACC